UCAAAGGAAGCGCAGUGCAUGAGUGGAGCUUCGCGCCUGGCGCAUAUUAAAGCCUGCACGGUUUCGAGAGACAGUGAACUUGACAGCUCGUCUCUUGUUCCUCCUCAGAUCUGCUUCAAGGAUCAGAGGGAUUCCUCGGAGGCUGCAGAAUGACAGGGGUCAUCAAAGGCCACCUGGACCCUUUAAAAGCUCCGUGUAAGUCCUGGACUCGCACAAAACGCGUAGUCCUGAGGAGAGCUCAUCGCGACUCUGUUCAGACAGCAGCAAACUUUCGCUUGGCAAAGAAUCGACUUUUAUUUCGAUAAGCCGAUAAAAAGGAUGAGACCACUUCCAGUCGCCUUGGUGCUUGCUAUAGCGAGUCUGAACUGCCUGGGGAUGAAACAGCACAGCCAUCAAAACUCCGGGCACCACGUAGAGCACUACAGUGGAGACGAGCACAGUGCAGGAGUGUACCAUACUCACAGAUACCCACUGUACAUGAUGCAACUCUAUCGCGACUACAGAGCAGUGGACACGAGGAGGACAGCUGCCAGUGUGAACGGUGAUGAUCUGCAUCAGACUGACUCCAUACUGAGUUUGGUGGCCAAAGAUUGCCAUCAGGUCGGAGAGAGGUGGAAGGUCACUUUCGACAUGUCCUCGCUUUCCGGCAAUCAAGAAAUCCGGCUUUCCGAGCUCCGCUUGCGCGUCCCUGCCUUCGCCGCAUCUGUGCUGGAUCUCUAUCACGCACGCAACAGUGCACCCGAUGCACGCGUCUUCCUCGGCAGCAUCAAGGUCACGCCGAGCAUCGCCUCCUCUUCCUGGAAAGUCUUCAACGUAACUGAUCUCCUCACGCGCUGGCAGCGCGAAGUGGCCGAGCAGCAGUGGCCUACAAACGAGUCGGAGGAUGAACAGAACGUCGUGGAAGAGGGCAGUGGGAAUGAAGCGACCGAACCGCCUUCACGCCGCAAAAUUCAUCACCUCACCACAGACCGAGUGAUGAUUGUGGUGUUCUUGAAGAGCGUAUCGACCCAAGGUCACCAAGGCAGCGCUACUUUAAUGCAAACAGUCCAGCACUCCAAAUACGUGCUCCCGGACCGACCCAGUAACGCGAGGCGACGCAAGAGGAACCGGGCGGAGUCGGGACACGUUCGGGAGGUGGCGAGUGAAAACGUCACCCUGUCUGGCGCAGGCACAGAGUCCGCGCAAAGACCGCUGUGCAGGCGAGUGGACAUGUGGGUGGAUUUUGACCAGAUUGGAUGGAAUGAGUGGAUUGUGCAUCCAAAGCGCUACAACGCGUACAGAUGUGAAGGAGACUGUCCCGUUCCGCUCGAUGAGUCUCUCAAGCCUACGAAUCACGCCUACAUGCAGAGUUUGCUGAAGUUUCAUCAUCCCGAGCGCGUCACCUGCGCGUCGUGCGCGCCCACGCGCCUUAGUGCGCUGUCCAUGCUGUAUUACGAGGGAGAUGACGUAGUGCUGCGUCACCACGAGGACAUGAUCGUGGAGGAGUGCGGCUGCCAGUGAAACUGUAGUUCUCUUGGAUUAUGAGGACACUUUUUUACCUACUUACUCUUCUUACCUUGCACACUUCGUCUCUGAUAAGAAAAUUCUAUAUUCUAUCUAAUAUCUUUAAGAGCAACUGAAUAGAAUAAAUUCAGUGGAUGAUGAAAAACACUAGUCCACUGGGAGAAUUGAAAUAUUUAAUAUUUAAAAUAAUUUUUAAUAUGUCAUUUUGAAGUGGAAUCAUUUCUAAUAAUUUUUAUGUGUAUAAAAUGUAUA